CACUCUCUGACUUUGCGGGUUUCAGGGGAAACGAUGUUGAAUUGUCUUGAAUUGGAGCCAGAAAUCGCCUGCGUCUAUUAAUGUUGCAGUUUUUACAUUUAGCAUCCCAAAAUUUACUCCAUUGCUGUUGAUCAUGGACCCCUUUUGUUUUUCGAAUUCAACCUGUUUGGUGCUAUGUCUCUGAUAAUGUAGGAUGUGAAAAUGACACUAAUCCUUCACUCUUCCCUCUAUUUCGUUCAAACCUCGUCUCCACCAAUCCUUCAGCAAACACAGUAAUCAUGGCUCUGCAGAAUGAUAAUGCAGGAAGAAGGGUGGCCCUUCGGAUUACUGCAUGGGAGGAUUGGGUUGGUACAAAAUGACAGUGAUUUCUCUGGAUCAAUACUCACUGCUUCUCCCACUUCGUUCACUCAUCCUUCUUCAGAUCUUGAAUCCCAGAAGGUCGACAGCGAAGGUUUGUGGGUGAGGGAGAAUGGUCGCCGACGAGUGAAGUGGGAGAUGAAGCACACGCCAUGGAGGAAGAGGGAUGAGAGAUGGGUACACGUGGACGACGCUGGUCAUCUUUUGUUAAACUUGAGCUUCGAUGGUCAACUGAUGGUGAAUUUAACGGCAAGGCAAAAAAGGACUUUUUUUUUUGAGUCCCCAGGAUCCUUGUUCCAUGAAAAGACCAUCACACUUGGAACCCUCAUUGGCGAUUCUAGCCUCCUGGAACUCUCACAGAGAUUAAACAGGGGAAGAACAGUGGUGGACCCUACAAAGGACAGCAAUAAGAAGAGUCAUAAGAUGAAGCCAUGGCUGCUCUCAUUGUGCUCGAAAAAAACCACUGAUGCAGUAAGUGUGAAGGAUGGUCCUUCUCUUGGUCACUACCUUGAAGCAGAGAGAAGAGCUGCAACUUCUUUCAGAUUCAACCAUUCUGUCUGUGCUUCUUCCCAUUUCUCCCCAAUUCAACGCUCAAACUCUCUAUCAUCACCAUGCAUUCUCAAACUUGAGAAUCCAUGAAAUUUAUCUCAAUUUUACUUUUCGUUUUAGUAUUUUCCUCCUUCCAACAGAAGAAUACUUCAUGAAAUUUAUGAACCCUCAAGUUAUCCUUCUAUCAUCUGUUUCAUUGGGUGGGACAAUGGUUAUGCAGAUAACCAAGUAAUUGCCUCUUGUUACUCUUUUCGUUUAACGUGAGAUUCAAUAUUUUAGCCAUCCAACAGUA